AAGAAGAGCUGGUGGAGGGGCUGACCCAGCACAGAUUCCCGGGCAGGCUCCCAGGAACGCAAAGCUGGAUCAGGCCGGUUCAUUUCCCCUUCUCUACUUCUUCCAUCAUUUGUACCCCUUCGCAAGCUCAGUCCUUCCCUGAGCCAGAGCAAGUUCUCUAGGCGGCCGAGGAAUCUUCACUCCGCUAAGUGAGCAGUGCUUUCCUCUGGCGCCAGUGAGUGGCACCAGCCCGGGCACUGAAGCCGGAGGCAUCUGCACCCGGCGCCUUCGCCCUCCCUCCCUCCCUGACUGGCAGCUCCUGGUACUGGAGGCGGGGGAGUGGCUCCCAUCGCUCCAGUAACUGGGAAAGAAAGCCCCCAGGACAGGAGCGGGCGCUGGAGCAUCUGGAUGCUGGAGCCUGCGUCUUACCAGAGCUAAAGAAUGGAAAGCGCCCCGACGCUUCUGGUCUUCUUGUGGCUCAUUGGGAAGAGCCUGUUGGUCUCAGGUCUGCCCACUGUUUCACCUGAUCCCCCAGUUCUCAGCCCACAAAAAGACAUACUUACUGUAACUGCAAAUUCAAGUCUUCAAAUUACUUGCAGAGGCCAAAGAGACUUGGACUGGCAAUGGCCCAACAAUCAGGGAAGUUCUGACAAUCGGGUAGUGGUGACUGAUUGCUGGGACGGUCCCUUUUGUAAGACACUCACAAUUACCAAAGUGAUAGGAAAUGAUACUGGAGCCUACAAGUGCCUGUACCGAGACAACGAUGUGAGCUCAAGCAUUUAUGUCUACGUUCAAGAUUACAGAUCUCCAUUUAUUUCAUCAGUAAGUGAUCAACAUGGUGUCGUAUACACAGAAAACAAAAACAAAACAGUUGUAGUCCCAUGCCUCAGUUCCAUAUCAAACCUCAAUGUGUCACUUUAUGCGAAGUAUCCAGAAAAGCGGUUUGUUCCUGAUGGUGAAAAAAUUUUCUGGGAUAGCAAGAAAGGCUUCACUCUUCCCAGCUACAUGAUAAGUUACGCGGGCAUGGUCUUCUGUGAGGCAAAAAUCAAUGAUGAAAGCUACCAGUCUCUUAUGUACAUCGUUGUGGUCGUUGGGUACAGGAUUUAUGAGUUGGCUCUGAAUCCCCCUCACAGUGUGGAACUGGCUGUUGGAGAAAAGCUUGUUCUGAAUUGCACAGCAAAGACAGAACUCAAUGUGGGGAUCCGCUUUCAUUGGGAAUAUCCUUCUUUGAAGCCUGAAAUACGGGAGUUGAAAAAUCCAUUAGGAAAUGAGCGUAAGGAAUUUUUAAGCACCUUAACUAUAGAGCAUGUAACCCGGAGUGAUCAGGGCUGGUACAUGUGUGAAGCAUCCAGUGGGCUGAUGACCAAGAAAAACAGCACAUAUGUCACUGUCCAUGAAAAGCCUUUUGUUGCCUUUCAUAGUGGAAUGGAAUCUUUGGUGGAAGCCAAGUUGGGCGAACGGGUCAGAAUCCCUGUGAAGUAUGUGGGCUAUCCACCACCUGAAAUAAAGUGGUACAAAAAUGGAAAAGCCAUCGAAAGCAAUCAUACAAUUAAAGUUGGCCAUGCUUUGACAAUUACAGAAGCAAGUGAAAAGGAUGCAGGAAAUUACACUGUCCUCCUCACCAACCCCAUCACAAAGGCGAGGCAGAGCCAUGUGGUCUCUCUGGUAGUGAAUGUUCCACCCCAGAUUGGUGAGAAAUCUCUCAUCGCCCCCAUGGAUUCCUACCACUAUGGCUCAAUGCAGACCCUGACAUGCACUGUGUAUGCUGUUCCUCCGCCUCUCAAUAUCCACUGGUAUUGGCAGUUAGAAGAAGCUUGCACUUAUAACCCCAGGCAAGCUGGCUUAGUGACAAAUCCCUACACCUGCAAGGAGUGGAAAAGCAUGGAGGAUCUAAAUGGGGGCAAUCCCAUUGAAAUUACCAAGAAUCAAUUUGUCAUGAUAGAUGAAAAAAACAAAACUGUAAGCACCAUUGUGAUUCAAGCAGCAAAUGUGUCGUCCCUGUACAAAUGUGAAGCAGUCAACAAAGUAGGACGCAGUGAGAGGAUUAUCCCCUUCCAUGUGACAAGGGGUCUUGAAAUUAAUUUUCAACCUGGCAAUCAGCCCACCGAGCAGGAAAAUGUGUCUUUGUGGUGCACUGCAGAAAAAUCCACAUUUGAGAACCUUACAUGGUAUAAAAUUAGACCAAGGGCUUCUCAGGACCACCUAGGAGAGCUACCCAUGCCUGUCUGCAAGAGCUUGGACGCCCUUCUGAAAAUGAAUGCCACGAUGGUCUCCAACAGCACAAGUGACAUUGUGACCCUGGAGCUGCGGAACAUAUCAUUGCAAGACCAGGGGGACUAUGUCUGCUUGGCUCAGGACAAGAUAACUAAGAAAAGACACUGUGUGGUCAGACAUCUUACUGUGCAAGGGCGUGUAGCACCCAUGAUUGCAGGAAACUUGGAAAACCAGACAACAAACAUCGGUGAAACCAUUGAAGUUUCUUGCUCAGCCUCUGGAAUUCCUCCUCCACAGAUUACAUGGUUUAAAGAUAAUGAAACACUUGUCGAGGAUUCAGGAAUUAUAUUAAAAGAUGGAAACCGAAACCUAACUAUUCGCCGGGUGAGGAAAGAAGAUGGAGGUCUCUACGCCUGUCGUGCUUGUAAUGUCCUUGGAUGCGCAAAAGCUGAGACUGUUAUCAUGGUAGAAGGUGCUCAGGAAAAGACAAACCUGGAGCUCAUUAUUCUGGUUGGCACAGCCGUGAUUGCCAUGUUCUUCUGGCUGCUUCUUGUCAUCAUCCUCCGAACCAUUAAACGGGCCAAUGGAGGGGAACUAAAGACUGGAUACUUGUCCAUCAUCAUGGAUCCCGAUGAGCUGCCCUUAGAUGAGCACUGUGAGCGCCUUCCCUAUGAUGCUAGCAAGUGGGAAUUCCCCAGAGACCGGCUGAAGCUAGGCAAACCUCUUGGUCGUGGUGCCUUUGGCCAAGUAAUGGAGGCUGAUGCCUUUGGAAUUGACAAGACAGCAACAUGUAGAACAGUUGCUGUCAAAAUGCUGAAAGAGGGGGCAACACAAAGUGAACAUCGAGCCCUCAUGUCUGAGCUAAAGAUCCUCAUUCAUAUUGGCCACCAUCUCAAUGUGGUCAAUCUUCUUGGUGCUUGUACCAAGCCAGGAGGGCCACUCAUGGUGAUUGUAGAAUACUGCAAGUUUGGAAACCUGUCGACUUACUUAAGGAGCAAGAGGGAUGAAUUUGUCGCCUACAAGACGAAAAGUUCACGGUUCCGACAGGGAAAGGACAAUUAUGUGGGGGAAAUCCCUGUGGACCCUAAACGUCGAUUGGACAGCAUCACCAGUAGUCAGAGCUCAGCAAGUUCAGGGUUUGUGGAGGAGAAAUCCCUCAGUGAUGUGGAGGAGGAGGAAGCUGCUGAAGACCUGUGCAAGAACUCUCUGAGCUUGGAGCAUCUUAUCUGUUACAGCUUCCAGGUGGCCAAGGGCAUGGAGUUUUUGGCAUCACGCAAAUGUAUCCACCGGGACUUAGCAGCUCGAAACAUCCUCUUGGCAGAGAAAAACGUGGUCAAAAUCUGUGACUUUGGCUUAGCCCGGGACAUUUACAAAGACCCAGAUUACGUCAGGAAAGGAGAUGCUCGACUGCCUUUGAAAUGGAUGGCCCCAGAAACCAUUUUUGAUAGAGUAUACACAAUUCAGAGUGACGUGUGGUCCUUUGGAAUUUUGCUUUGGGAAAUAUUUUCCUUAGGUGCCUCCCCGUAUCCUGGGGUAAAAAUUGAUGAGGAAUUUUGCAGGCGAUUGAAAGAAGGAACCCGAAUGAGGGCCCCUGAGUAUACUACCCCCGAAAUGUACCAAACCAUGCUAGACUGCUGGCAUGGAGAUCCCAAGCAGAGACCCACAUUUUCAGAACUCGUGGAGCAUUUGGGGAAUCUGCUUCAGGCCAGCGCUCAACAGGAUGGUAAAGACUACAUUGUCCUUCCUAUAUCAGAAUCAUUGAGCGUGGAAGAGGAUUCUGGACUCUCUUUGCCGACCUCACCUGUUUCCUGUAUGGAGGAAGAGGAAGUGUGUGAUCCUAAAUUCCAUUAUGACAACCCAGCAGGAAUUAGUCAGUAUCUGCAAAGCAGCAAGAGGAAAAGUCGAUCAGUGAGUGUAAAAACAUUUGAAGAUAUCCCGUUGGAACCAGAAAUAAAAGUAAUCCCAGAUGAAAACCAGACUGACAGUGGGAUGGUUCUUGCGUCCGAAGAACUGAAGACACUGGAGGCCAGAUCCAAAUUGGCACCACCAUUUAGUGCACUAAUGCCCAGUAAAAGCAAAGAGUCUGUGACAUCUGAAGCUUCGAACCAGACCAGCGGCUACCAGUCAGGGUAUCAUUCUGAUACAGACACCACUGUUUACAUGAGUGAAGAGACAGAACUCUUAAAUCCUGGGGAAAGUGAGCCCCAAUCCUGUAGCACACACACACUUCAACCUGACUCUUGGAUGCCGCUAAACUCACCUCCUGUUUAAAGUCAAGGAGUUGCUUCUAUCUCUCCAGAAGUGGAAAUCACAUGGAUUGUCCUGCAGAAUCACUGCUCAGAUAUUGGAAAGCUUUUGUUUCCUUAUCAAGGAAAUAGCACAUAUUUGAUUCUUGUACAAAAGAAAAGAAGGACCUCAGUUACCAGGAAGCCAGUUGAGCAGUAGCAAAUGACAAAUUUUUGCUGGGAAGAAGUCAGUGACUCAACAAUGAAUGUUUUGAAGGCACAUUAUCUGCCUUGGCCUUAUCUUCUCUCUUCAUUCCUUUGUUCAUUCAUUCCUUCAAAAAGCAUUUAUGAAGUCUCUACUUUGUGGCCAGCUUUGGUCAAUACAAAUGAAGUAGAAGUAAUGGUCCCUGCCCUCAAGAAAUUUGUAAAUUAGUUGGGAAAUCAAGAUACACACAUGACAUGGUCAGGGAAUAAUUCAGGGCAUUACAAGUACAACUUUGGGAAAUGUCAUGGUGGAUUGUGGUUAGUCUACGAAAGUUUUAUAGGAAAGAAGUGUCUUGGAUUGAGCCUUAGAAGAAGUAUUUAGAUUGGUAAAGAAGUGGGUGGUGUUAAUUGAAUUGCUUCAAAUGAAUAUGGGAGUCCCUAAAUGAAGCUGAUUGACAAGGAGUGGGAGGGAGAUUUACUAGGAAAUUUUAAGACCUCAGAUGAGGGUAUUGUGAUUAGUGGGUGGCGUGCUCUUUCUUAACUGUGCUAAAUGAGAGUCCCUUAUGCUAUUUCCGAUCGUGCUAAAUGAGAGCCUCUUCCGGGCCUUUCUGUAGUUCCAGGCCAAACUAACUCCAGGAAGGAAAAGAUAUGACUCUGGUUCCUUGUCUCCCAGGCUAAUCUUUUAUUCAGAAUACCACAAAGAAAGAGAAACUUCCAGGCUUAAGCUCCCAGGCUUCAGACCCAGAGUCCUUUGGGCUCUUGUUGGUCUUCCCUGGAUAAAGAGCACAUAUGGCUUUGUGAGAAGUGUUCUGUUAAAGGCUAAAUAUCAUUUGACUCAAGGCAGCACCAUGAAGGAAGACGUUUGUUAUUCCAUUUCCCUCUAGUACUUUAAUUGUUUGGCCACUCCUGCUCCAGUGACAAUGGACUUGGAUUUGUUCUUUCUUUGCCAAACUUUCAAACAUGUCUUUGUAGCCAGAGUUCUAAUAACAUCCACUGUACAUUUAGAUUUUCUAACAUAUGAAGUUAUUUCUACUGGAUUUAUGCCUUCCUAUCCCUUUUCUUAAAAGAAAAAGAAAAAUGUAUUUUUUUGUACCAUAGUGUGAAAUGCUGGGAACUAUGACUAUAAAACACGAUAUGGCAAUACAGUAUUUAUAUAGCCUGUUUAUGUAGAAACAAAUGUAAUAUAUUAAAAUAUGUUCUAUAUAAGGAAUUUUGUACUAUUCACAUUUUUAUAUCUGUGUUAUGCAGCAUGUCAAGGAGGACAAUGUUUUUAGAAAUUGAUGCCAUUUUAUUAAAAAGAAAGAUUGUUCCCUUUGC